GUGACAAAGCCACCCAAGGUGACCGCGGGGUCCCCACCAUCCCCGAUGCCCCUGGUGGCUUGUGGGGGGCUCGGACGCCUGUGUCCCCACCCGGUGGGCGAUGGGGAGGGGACAGGGACAGGGGACAAGGGACAGGGCCCGGGGCUAUAAACGGCAGCUGUAAGCGGAGCCGGUAACCGGAGCGGGAGGCCCGGGGGGACAUUUGAGCCGCCGUGGAAGCGCCAAGGUGCGGUGGGUGCCCACCCAGGGCGGGGGUCGCCAUGGGACCCCCACCCCGCGUCCCCCUGGUGCUGCGGCUGCUGCUGGCGGCCGAGAGGACGGCGAGGGGCACCUUCCCCGAGGAGCCCGGGCCCAUCGCCGUGGCCCCCCCGGACUAUGUGAAGCACUACCCCGUGUUCGUGGGGCACGGCACCGCCCGCCCGGGGGGCCCCGAGGGUGGGGGCACCCAGCGCCUCAACAUCCAGCGCAUCCUCAAGGUCAACAGGACCCUCUUCAUCGGGGACAGGGACAACGUCUAUCGGGUCAGCCUGGAGCCCAGCGGGGCCGCUGAGCUGCGCUACCACCGGAAGCUGACGUGGCGCUCGAACCAACACGACAUCAGCAUCUGCCGCAUGAAGGGCAAGCACGAGGCAGAGUGCCGAAACUUCGUCAAGGUGCUGCUGGUGAGGAACGAGAGCCUCCUCUUCGUCUGUGGCACCAACGCCUUCAACCCCAUCUGCGCCAACUACAGCAUGGACACGCUGGAGCCCGUCGGGGACAACAUCAGCGGCAUGGCCCGGUGUCCCUACGACCCCAAGCACGCCAACGUGGCCCUGUUCACAGGGGGGAUGCUCUUCACGGCCACGGUGACGGAUUUCCUGGCCAUCGACGCCGUCAUCUACCGCAGCCUCGGGGACAGCCCGACCCUGCGCACCGUCAAACACGAUUCCAAGUGGUUCAAAGAGCCCUACUUUGUGCACGCCGUGGAGUGGAGGAGCCACGUCUACUUCUUCUUCCGGGAGAUCGCCAUGGAGUUCAACUACCUGGAGAAGGUGGUGGUAUCGCGGGUGGCCCGGGUGUGCAAGAACGACAUGGGGGGCUCGCAGCGCGUGCUGGAGAAGCAGUGGACGUCCUUCCUCAAGGCCCGGCUCAACUGCUCCGUGCCGGGCGAUUCCCACUUCUACUUCAACGUCAUCCAAGCUGUGACUGACAUCCUGGAGCUGGACGGGCGGCCCGUGGUCCUGGCCGUGUUCUCCACUCCCACCAACAGCAUCCCCGGCUCCGCCGUCUGCGCCUUCGACAUGACCCAGGUGGCCGCCGUCUUCGAGGGACGGUUCCGGGAGCAGAAGUCACCCGAGUCCAUCUGGACCCCUGUGCCAGAGGACAUGGUGCCAAAGCCACGGCCCGGGUGCUGCGCGUCCCCGGGGAUGCGCUACAACUCCUCCAGCGCCUUCCCCGACGAGAUCCUCAACUUCGUCAAGACGCACCCGCUGAUGGACGAGGCGGUGCCGGCCCUGGGCAACGCCCCCUGGAUCCUCCGCACCAUGACCCGGUACCAGCUCCGCAGGAUCGCGGUGGACACCGCGGCGGGGCCGUGGGGCAACCACACCGUGGUGUUCCUGGGCUCCAGCACCGGCACCGUGCUCAAGUUCCUCAUCCUGCCCGCCGCCGCACCCGCUGCCCCCGGCAGCCAGAGCGUCUUCCUGGAGGAGUUUGAGACCUACCAGCCCGGGAGGUGUGGCCGGGACACGGAGGACGAGCGGCGGCUCCUGGGGCUGGAGCUGGACAAGGCUGCAGGCUCGCUGCUGCUGGCCUUCCCCCCGUGCGUGGCCAGGGUGCCCGUGGCUCGCUGCCAGCAGCACUCGGGCUGCAUGAAGAACUGCCUCGGCAGCCGGGAUCCCUACUGCGGCUGGACACCCGAGGGCUCCUGCAUCUUCCUGGAGCCCAGCCCCAGGAUGACCUUCGAGCAGGACAUCGCCGGCGGCAGCACCUCCCACCUGGGCGAGUGCGAGGGGCUGGUGACGGAGAGCUUCGUGGACGAGCCGGACGGGCUGGUGUCGGUGAAUCUCCUGGUGAUCUCCUCCGUCGCCGCCUUCGUCAUCGGCGCCGUCAUCUCCGGCUUCAGCGUGUGCUGGUUCAUCGGGCACCGGGACCGCAAGGAGCUGGCGCGGCGCAAGGACAAGGAGACGAUCCUGGCGCACAGUGAGUCGGUGGUGAGCGUCAGCCGCCUGGGCGAGCGGCGGGCGCGCGGCGCCCUGCUGGCCCCGCUGAUGCCCAACGGGUGGCCCAAGGAGCUGGGCAAGGUCACCCAGCACGACCUGGAUUCGGGGGUGCUGCCCACGCCGGAGCAAACUCCGCUGCAGCAGAAACGCUGCCCCGGCGCCCUCCAAAACUGCACCUGGGAGCAGAGUCACAACAUCAUCAACGCGGCUUUGCGGGACCCUGGAGGCUCCGGCCCCGCGGGCGCCGGUGCCAGCCUGGGGGUUGCCCAUCCUUUCUUCCCCCCGGCAUCCCCUCGUGGAAAGCACAGCCGGGGCGGGGGGGGCACCGCCGGGGGGUCCCACCGAACCCACUCUCUGCUGGCAAAGGGUGCCCUUUCGGUGCCACCCCUGCCCGGCACCCACCCGGGGUGGCGUGUCGCGGGGGAGUGGCAGUCAGGCAUUGCUGUCCCCUCUGAGCACCGGCGGGGGCUGGGGGACACCUGGGACCCUGAGUGGCUCUGGUGA